UUAACGCACAUAAAAAUAUUCUUUUCCUUCUUUAGAUUAAAGAUGUUUAGAGAUCACUUUGAGAAUAAUAUUUUAGGAAGUGGGGGUGUGUGAGAAAAAUAUUGUGUAUUAUAUGGUGUAAUAAUUUCCAUAUAAUGAAUAUUUUUCUGGGAGGCCCGUGGUUUUUCUCCAAUCGGGAAGUUUUCUACGUUAAAUCUUUGUGUUGUUAUUCUCUUUAAUUUCUCUAUUAUUUUCUACUUGAAAGCAUUCCGGAAGGGGUGAAAAAAUAAUCUAUUUUUUCCCAACGUAUAUUUACUAUCAGGGGAGAAUUGAACUUCAAGAAAUAGUAAACGAUCUUAUCAAUACACAAAUAUACAACUCUCAUAAAUUUCACCAACUUGACGUUACUAAUGCAUAUUCAGACAGGUCCCACUAAUUUAUUUUUCAGAAAUGAAGUAGCACAAUUCAAUUCUACUUGACUAAGUCAUCCUUUUGUAAAGGAGAGAAUUUAUUUUGUCUAACUUCCAGUGUUAAUACUUUUCAUAUUAUUUUCGUUCAAAUUAAAAAGUGUAUUAAAAUUAUUAAAUUUCGUUAUUUUAAACACAACACACCUCAUAUAAUUAAUUAGCAAAACAAAAUUGCAAUUCAUUUUGAUGAUUGUUCUUAUUUGGAUAGCCACUUUGACCCAAUAUUGCAUUUUCCUUUGUCUGAUUGAAUGAUUUAAAUGAGCAAGGGUAGAUGAAUUGAAAUUUUAUUGAAGAGUAUAACAUCAUAACAAUAAUUGUGUUAAUUAAUUUAUUCAUUAAAUUGAUCUUAUUGAAAGUUGAAACAUAAUAACUCUAAAUAUAACACGUUCCACGUAGUAAUUUAGUGAUAUGCAAUUUUUAAUUCAUGAUAGAUUUCUUUUUUUUUUUUUUUUGCCGGCCUCUCAAUCUAUAUUUGAAAGUUAAUAAUGGAGUUUGACUUAAAAAUCAUAUUCUAAAAUUCAUCAUCUAUAAAUCAUUAUAUCCUCCGUGUUAUAUUAUCAUAUAAGUCUACGAUUUAAUGUAGAUAUUUGAUUAAAAAUCUAUUUUUAAAAUUCAUGAUAUAUAAAUUAUUAUAUUCUCCACGUCAUAGGAUUAUAAGUCCAUGACUCAAUAUAGAUAUUUGACUCUCGAAUCACUAUAUUAUUUGACGGUUAAGUAUAUUUACAUGUAUAUUCAUCUUCAUCAUGAUCACUAAAUUUCCAUUCCAUCAUUAAUCAUGAGUAAUAUGAUUUAGAUAAUUGAUAUUUUUAUUAUUUAUAGGUGAAGAAAGGUGUUUUAAUAAGAAUCAUCCCAUUUUUAUAUUAUUUAUAUUACUAGAAAAUAAAAAGAUUUGAGUCAAACACCAUUUAAUUUCCCUUAUUUUUCGAUGGUAUUCUUAUAUUUUAAAUAAACAAAAGUAAAAUUAGAGUUUGUUUAACAAGAGGAAAAAUAAAAGUAACAUAAGUAUUCUUUCCCCCCCAAAAAAAAAAGAAAAAAAAGUAGAAUCGGGGAUAAGAAAAACAUAUGUGCAUGUAUAUAUCAAAUUGUUAUCCAUAACUAUAUCUCUAGAAAUUUCAAUAAAGUUUUUAAUUAACAAAUAAUGGUCUUGCUUUCAAAUACCAUUCAACUUAGAAUCCAAUACCAAAUGAAUUUCCAAGAAUAGAAAAGAUAAGAUAUUAGAUAAUGUUUUUUCCAGAAGAAUUACAUGGAAAAUGACCAUUUCAUAAUAAUUCAAUUUUAAUUAUCGUUGGAAUUAGUCUUUAAAAGACAUGUGUUCUACGAGAAUAUCAUAAAGACUUCUUGUUACUCAAUUAUUAGCAGACAGAUGUCUUAUAGAAAACAAUUGAUUAAUGCCUAAUCGACACGCAGAAUAUUCGAAUUGAUUGAGCAGGUGAUUUCUCAAAUGACGGGAUUUCAAAUUUAAAUUUUUGUAUUUUUUUUUUAGUUGAGCUCAUCGUAUAAAUUUAUCUAAUACAAAAUCGGCUUUAAAUUUCUUUUUUAUAGUAUACUUUCAAAGUGAGGUUUGGAGAAGGUAGAUUGCAUGCAGAUUCUAUCUUUAUCUCACGAUAAAGUAGUUAUUUUUGAUUGAUUCUUAACCAACAAAAUAAUAUAAUAAUUGAAGUAUAAACAACAACAAAUAAUAACAGAAAUUAAAGAACAUGAAAUUAUCAGCCAAGUACAACUACGAGUAUGAAUGAAUAACAAGACAAUAUAUAAUACACUGCUACAUACUUCGUGUCCUCCACAACCUUUCAUUUGAACUCGUACUAAAAUUAUGUUAUGUAUUGCCUAAUCACCUCUUUUUAAUAUUUCUCCCAUCCAUUUCCACCUUUUCUCAAAUCAUUCGUAACCAACCUCCUACAGUUCCACACUAAGAUAAUUCAAACAUCUUCUCUUCACAUGUUCAAUCAAUUUCAAUCAUGCUUUUCGCAUUUUAUCUUCUAUCAAAAUUAUUUCACUUUAUAUCAAAUCUCUUAAAAACCCAUACAUCAAUCACAACCUCCUCAUUAAUAUUCUUAUUUCUUCAACUUUUAUUCUAAACGUAAAAUUUUGAACUGACCAACACCCCCACCUCAUAAAACAUACUAUACACCGUAAGAAAUUGCCUUUUGAGUUGUAUAAAAGAACAAAAAGAAUAAACAGAAGGCAAAGCAUAAUAAUGAAAUAAUAAUAUAGUUUUAAAAAAAAGGAUAAUACCAACAAAAAUUCAACGUUUUUUUCUGUAUAAUUCACCCCUCUAUCUUCGCUAUAAUGUCUAAAAUCCCCCAAAAUAUUCUCUAGAUUUUCGCAAAUUAUCCAAAUGGAGAAUUCUCGAAUCGCCGGAGAUGGCGGCGGAAGCGACGGCGACGGAGAUAUUCUAGCUUCUACUUCAAACACUUCCGAUCGCCGGAAUUUCCACUGUUACAGUGACAACAAAUUCGCCGGUUUCAACUCCGAUUCCGAUUCUGACUCCGGAGCCGGCAGAAAAUUCAGCUUCGAUGAAACUGAUCGAGCUCGAGCUCCAAAGUUAUUCGACCGAUUCUACGGCUCAUCAUCUUCCGAUGACGAAGAGUUCAGUUCAAAUUCAAGUCAAAAUGGCGUCGUUCGUAAACGCCUUGAUAAUAUGAUUCAAUUCCUCGACCGGAAAAUUUCAUCGGAAACGAAGUUAACAGGUACUUCUAAUGGUGAUAAUAAUAACGCUAAGAGUCAGUUUAUGAGUUUGCCUGAGUUCUGUGGUAAAGGUGGUGGUACCGGUAUUUUCAAGUUACCUGUACGUGCUGCGGUGCAUCCUGAUCGUCCUCCUUCACUGGAAUUACGGCCACAUCCGUUGAGAGAACGGGAAAUCGGGAAGUUUUUGAGGAAUUUGUUGUGUACGGAUGAUGGAUCUCAGUUAUGGGCCGGAUCAGAGUGUGGGAUUCGGGUAUGGAAUUUAUCGGAUAUGUAUGAAGCUGCUCGAGAACAUGAGGGGGAGGAGGAUGACUAUGAGGUGUAUUUCGAGGAUGCUCCACCUUUUAUGGAGUCUGUUAAGACUCCACCUACAUUGUGCCUUGUUGAAGAUGGUGGGAAUAGAGUGAUAUGGAGUGGACAUAAAGAUGGUAGAAUUAGGUGUUGGAAGAUGGAUACUGAAAGUAGUAGUAGUAGAGAGAAAAGUGCUUGUGGAAGAAAUGCUUUGAAGGAAGUGUUAUCGUGGCAGGCUCAUCGCGGUCCUGUUCUUUCAAUGAUCAUGACUUCAUAUGGCGAUUUGUGGGCUGGAUCUGAGGGUGGUUCCAUCAAGAUCUGGCCUUGGGAAGGAAUUGAGAAAUCGAUUUCUCUGGUGAAUGAGGAAAGGCACAUGGCUGCUUUGUCGAUAGAGAGGUCAUACGUGGAUCUAAGGAGCCAACUUAUGCAUAGUGGAACAGGCAAUUGCAUAUUUUCUAUUGAUGUCAAAUAUAUGCUGUCUGAUCGCUCUGGAGCAAAAGUUUGGACGGCUGGGUAUGUGUCAUUUGCACUUUGGGAUGCUCGGACGAGAGAGUUACUAAAAAUCUUUAACACAGAUGGCCAGGUUGAAAAUAUAUUAGCAGCACUAGAUCCUUUAACUGAAGAUGAAAUGAGGAUGAAAAUUGUGUCCAAUUCAAAAAAGGACAAAUCUCAAAGUUCUAUCGGCUUCUUUCAGCGUUCACGCAAUGCUAUUUUAGGAGCAGCUGAUGCUGUCCGUAGGGUUGCGGUGAAAGGAGGAUUUGGAGAAGAUAAUCGGAGAACUGAAGCAUUGAUCAUUACAGUUGAUGGAAUGAUAUGGAGUGGAUGUGCAAAUGGGUUACUUGUUCAAUGGGAUAGAAAUGGCAAUCGCUUGCAAGAUUUCCAGUACCAGACAUUCUCUGUUCAAUGCUUAUGCACAUAUGGGUCACGGAUUUGGGUAGGUUAUGCCAGUGGUUAUAUUCAGGUAUUGGAUCUUAGUGGUAAUCUACUUGGAGGAUGGAUAGCUCAUAAUAGCCCUGUAAUAGAUUUGUCUGUUGGUGGAGGUUACGUUUUCACGUUGGCUAAUCAUGGUGGUAUACGUGGUUGGAGUGUGAUAUCUCCUGCACCAGUGGAUAGUAUUCUGCGUUCGGAAUUAGCUAGCAAGGAAUUUUUGUAUACUAGGCUAGAGAAUUUUAAAAUAUUGGCUGGUACAUGGAAUGUUGGACAAGGAAGAGCUUCUCCUGAUUCACUUAUAUCAUGGUUAGGUUCUGCAGCAGCAGAUGUUGGCAUUGUUGUUGUUGGCUUGCAGGAGGUGGACAUGGGUGCUGGUUUUCUUGCAAUGUCUGCUGCUAAAGAAUCAAUGCAGGUAGGUCUUGAAGGAAGUACUGCUGGUCAAUGGUGGUUGGAAAUGAUUGGAAAAACCUUGGAUGAAGGAUCAACUUUCAUCCGUGUUGGCUUCAGGCAGUUGGCAGGCCUGGUUAUUUCUGUCUGGGUCAGAAGUAAAAUUAGUCGCUAUGUCGGUGAUGUUGAUGUUGCAGCUGUACCUUGUGGUUUCGGGCGUGCCAUUGGGAACAAGGGAGCAGUAGGAUUGAGGAUGAGAGUAUACGAUCGUACUGUGUGCUUUGUGAACUGUCACUUUGCUGCACAUUUAGAAGCUGUUGGUCGCCGGAAUGCUGAUUUUGACCAUGUGUAUCGAAGUAUGAUCUUUAGUCGGCCAUCAAACUUUCUCAAUGCUGCAGCUGGUAUGGUGCCAUACCUAUUCUCAGCUUGCUUGCUUGCCUGCUCUAUGUAUUUAACCUGGAUUGCUUAUGGUUCUUGGUUGCCAUUGGUCCUUUCUGUUGCAGCUGGUGUCUCAUCUGCUAUUCAAAUGCUUCGCAAUGCAAAUGGUGCGUUUAACUCUGCAGAAGCAACUCCAGAGCUCUCUGAGGCAGAUAUGGUUGUGUUUCUUGGUGACUUGAACUAUCGGCUUGAUGGCAUUUCUUAUGAUGAAGCAAGAGAUUUUAUUUCCCAAAGGAGCUUUGAUUGGCUGAGAGAGAGGGACCAGUUGCAUACAGAGAUGGGAGUUGGGAAUGUCUUCCAAGGAAUGCGUGAAGCAGUCAUCAGAUUUCCUCCAACAUACAAAUUUGAGAGACAUCAAAUUGGCUUAGCAGGGUAUGACUCUGGUGAAAAGAAGCGGAUUCCUGCCUGGUGUGACAGAAUUUUGUAUCGUGAUAGCCGUUCCACUUCAUCUGCCACAUGCAGCUUAGAUUGUCCUGUCGUCUCAUUAGUUCUGCAGUAUGAAGCUUGCAUGGACGUGACUGAUAGUGACCACAAGCCUGUAAGGUGCAUAUUCAAUGUGGAGAUUGCUCGAGUGGAUGAAUCAGUGAGAAGGCAAGAAUAUGGAGAAAUCAUUAGAUCAAAUGAGAAAGUUGUGCAUAUGCUUCGGGAACUUAAUAGAAUUCCAGAAGCAAUAGUCAGCACAAAUAACAUAAUCCUCCAGAACUCAGAUUCUUCCAUCUUGCGCAUUACAAAUAAGAGUGGGAAAAGCAAAGCUUUUUUUGAAAUAAUUUGUGAAGGCGAGUCCACUGUUAAAGAUGAUGGACAAGUGUUUGAUUAUCGUCCAAGAUGUUCUUUUGGUUUCCCUCGUUGGCUUGAGCUGGAAGUUUGGAAGUCGCAACCAGUUCAGUCAUUCUGAAGAUUUUCAUGAAACAUGAUUUUAGUAUUCACAUGCCUAUUCGGAACUCUGAACGUCAGAAGCUACCACAAAGAACUUGCAUAGCCUUUCUAUUUGUUGUUGUUACAGAAGACAAAAGUAUGGAAUGAAGAAAAUGUCGCACUGGAACAUUUUCUUUUAUCUAAAUGAGAAGACAAAAUCGGUAGUAAAUGAGUGAAAUGACUUAUUAAGAACUGUGGUUUACUGGUUUGGAUAUGGUUAGACCAACACCAAGUUCCAUUCGAGAAAGGGGUUAGGGUCCCAGUCUAGCUUCAAAAGCUGCUAUUUAAGUUGCACACACACUUCAUUUUUUCUGCCGAACCCUGCGGGAUUCGUGUGGGAUGCCGUCAAUAUACAUCGGAUACUUUGACCAGUGUCCAUGGACAUUUUUUUUUUGUGGGGACACGGGAAAUGGCGUACCUUCAAUAUUGUAGUCCUUUUGUCUCAAUAUUAUAUCCAUAGUAUACCUCUCAAAAUUUAGAAUAUCCUUGUAGCUCUAUUUUUAUAAUAUUGAAUUUUUUUAGCCAAAUCCCAGCACCAGUAUCUAUGCCUGGAUCUGUACCCCGAAUUUUUAAGUGCCGAAUCCGACCCUUGGAUCCGCACCUAUGUCGGAUGCUCGCCAAGUCUGGGCAACUUAAAUGAAUCGUAUUCUAGCAUGUUGUCCUUAAAUGAAGAGCUUAUUUACGGUUUCUCUUAAGCUAAACUUUUCACUAUAAACAUUGACUUUUAAGAAUCUUAUACAUUUGGGUUGA